AUCAUUUAUUUCAUCAAACAAAGAAAAAGAAAAACCAAACAACAAGAACAGAGCAAGUAGAACAACUAGACACAAAGCUCUCUCUCUCUCUCUGAGACUGAGUUGCAGGCAGAGGCAGAGCAACAAUGAGUCAGGAAUCGUUCAUAUACAGCUUCGUGGCUCGGGGGACGAUGGUGUUAGCUGAGUACACAGAGUUCACUGGAAACUUCCCUGCGAUUGCAUCUCAGUGUCUCCAGAAGCUAACUUCCUCCAACAACAAGUUCACCUACAAUUGUGACCACCACACCUUCAAUUUCCUUGUUGAAGAUGGUUAUGCUUACUGUGUUGUUGCCAAGGAAUCUGUUAGCAAGCAGAUCUCUAUUGCUUUCUUGGAACGUGUCAAAGCAGACUUUAAGAAAAGAUAUGGUGGUGGAAAAGCUGAUACAGCUGUUGCCAAAAGUCUCAACAAGGAGUUUGGACCAGUUAUGAAAGAGCACAUGAAGUAUAUCAUCGACCAUGCCGAAGAGAUUGAGAAGCUAAUAAAAGUGAAGGCUCAAGUUUCAGAAGUUAAAAGCAUUAUGCUAGAGAACAUUGACAAGGCUAUUGAUAGAGGAGAAAAUAUAACUAUUCUUGCAGACAAGACAGAGACAUUGCACUCUCAGGCCCAGGAGUUCAGAAAUAAAGGAACAAAAAUCCGUCGGAAGAUGUGGUAUCAGAACAUGAAAAUAAAAUUAGUUGUUCUUGGAAUUUUGUUGUUUUUAGUCCUGGUUAUAUGGCUUUCUGUUUGCCAUGGAUUCAAAUGCUAAAACUAGCAAAGAAUGAAAGUUCACUGAUAGGUGUUUAAAUUAUGUUCAAAAAGCAAUUAUAGCUAGUAUCUGCUUAGAAGGGGGAGUUUGGCAACUGCAAAAAAGUUUCCUACCUUCUUUGUUGUUUGAUUAUAGGAUACUCUAGGAAAUUCAAGGACAGGGGAGAUUGAAUUCUUGUACCCUCAAACGAUGUCUCAUUCUCUGUCUCAUCACCAAUUAAAUAUUGACAUGUCAAUUAAAAGCUAUAAAAUAAGCUUGUAAAACCCCAUUCAAAUCUGUUUUAAUUGACAUGACAAGAUUUCAUUGGUGGCACAUAAAAUUGAAACAUCAUUUGAGAACAUAAAUCUUGGUCCAGGGGUGGGGUAGGGUGGUGUCUCUGUAUCAUGUGCUGGACUGCAUCAUCUUGUCAAACAUACAGUUCUGAUUUGCUUCUCUUUUCUUCUUUGUUUUUAAAUAUAGAAAAAAUGUGGUUAACUUCUCU